AUCCCCCUCCCCCCUAAUGGCUAAUUUAGCCGUUGUAAACCAAAAAAAUAAUUUAUUUUUUUAUAAAUUUCAAACUCCCCCCCUCCCAUUCUCACACCUUCAAUCUUCUUCACACAUUCUUCAAUUUCAAACUCUCCCCUCUCUUUUGAACAUGAAUCCUUCCGGCUCCGGCUUCUUUCUCGACAAUCUCGCGCCUCACGAUGCCGCGAUGUGGUAUUUCCAAGAAUUCGGGGAUCAUCCACCGAUCUUCGAGACGCAACAAUCGGGGUACGUCGAGCGAGAUUCGGUUCCGGAGACUCAACCGGAACCAUCCGGCUCCAAAAAAAGUACACGCCGGAAAAGCCACAAAGCAAAAGGCACGGUGACUGAGGCGGCACGGUCAAUCCAAAAGUGGACGCCGGAGGAGGAGUGCUUAUUGGCAUCGGCUUGGGUUGACGUCUCCGAGCAUCCUAUCAUUGCCCCAAAUAUGGGAAUUGAAACCUUGAACGGUGCGAAUUUUUCUUCAUGGAAAGAUUCACUGAUGCUAACUCUUGGCAUGUUGGAUUUUGAUUAUGCACUGAGAGAGCCUGCCCCUCCUGCCCUAACUGAUAAAAGUACUGUUGAAGAUAAAAUAGUACAUGAGAGAUGGGAGAGGUGCAACAGAAUGGCUCUUAUGCUCAUUAAAAAUUCCAUCAGCAUAAUCAUCAGGGGAGCUAUUCCAGAUUCAUCUAAUGCUAAAACAUAUCUGGCUUCUGUGGAGGAACAAUUUAAAGCAACUUCUAAGGCACAUGCGAGUACUCUUAUUUUGAAGAUGGUGACUACGAAAUAUGACGGGAAUAGCGGCAUUCGUGAGCACAUCAUGAUGAUGAACGACAUGGCCCGCAAGCUCAAGGGAUUAGACAUGGAGAUCAGUGAAGGUUUUCUGGUGCACUUUAUAAUGACUUCUCUUCCUGCAUCUUUUGAAGCUUUCAAGGUCAACUACAACACCCAGAAGGUCAAGUGGUCGAUGAAUGAGUUGAUUGCUAUGUGCGUACAAGAAGAAGAGCGUCUGAAGCUGGACAAACCUGAUGUGGCUUACCUCAUGACCGCUUAUCCAAAGAAGAGGAAGGGCAAUGUCGAUAAGAAGGAAGUUUCUAAAGUCCAGAAACGCGAUGCAAGUGCUUCUUCCAGCUCUAAGAACUCCAAAGGGAAGUCUUACUGCAAGUUCUGCCGCAAGGAAGGACAUAGACAGAAAGACUGCUAAGACUUUAAGGAGUGGCUGACGAAGAAAGGUAAUCAUCUUUACAUGAUACUUGAGUCCUUUAAUUUAAAUGUUCCAGCUAAUACAUGGUGGUUUGACUCUGGUUCUAUAGUUCAUGUAACCAACUCACUUCAGGGAUUCCUUAUAAUCCAGAAGCUGGAAAGAAACCGAAGAACACUUAAGCUGGGGAAUGGAACAGAACUAGCUAUCGAAGCCGUGGGAACCUUAGAAUUAAUAAUGAAAACUGGUUUAUGUAUUAAACUUUAUGAUACCUU